AUGCUGCGAGAACCAGCAGGCUUCAAACGAAGCCCGCUGCUACAGGAUCCAAGGGCGCGCUUCUUUGUGAUCACUAGCAAUGUGGGUGAGAACGUGGUGAAGUCCGUUGAAAACAACGUUUGGGCGACCCAACGGCGGAAUGAGCAGAUGCUGGCGGAUGCCUUCCGGACCACCAGAGUGGUGAUCUUGAUUUUCUCUGUCAGCAAGAGCGGUGCCUUUCAAGGCUACGCUCGAAUGCGGAGUCUGCCGGGUCAGUCCAAGUGCAAGUCAGACCCCUUCGGUGGCUUUGGACGCUUGUUCGAUGUUGAAUGGCUACGAUUGCAGGACGUGGUCAUGCCGGAGGUGAGCUACCUCCGCAAUCCCUUGGACGAGGGGCGACAGGUCACUGCAGCCAGAGAUGGACAAGAACUGUCUUAUCAGGUUGGCGCCGAACUCUGCACCCACUUCGAUGUCCGAGUCUACUUGGAGGACCCCAAGAACUACGAGCCUUGCAUGGAUGAGCUGUUACCAGCAAGUGUCCCGCGUGAUGCGUUUGCACCACAUGGUGGACAUUUUGCUCCAGCGCCUAUCCCUGGCCCUCCUCCGGCAGUAGCGCCGCCUUGGAUGGCUCCCUACGGAUCCAGUUCGCCCUUCGAACCUUCUGCUGCCUGGUUUGCACCUUCGACCGCGGCACCAACGGCGCCCCCAGGUGCUUGGGUGGGCUCCACCAGUGGAGAGAGGCAGAGCCGCAGUCGCUCGGGCCCAAGCCCGGUGCCAGUGCCGGUGCCUGCGGCGGCAGUUCCCGCGGUGAGGGAGCGGACUCGAAGGCGGAGUCGGCAGGACACACCUGACUUCACCAAGAUGACGUUCCAAGAGUAUGUGGAAUGGUGGAAGAAGACCCAUCCGAACAUGCCGGUGAAUGGAGUCCCAGCUGCAGCAGUUCCAGUGGUUCCAGCCACUGCUCCUUCUGAGCAGACAUCCGCCUUGGCAGAAGCGCCGACUGUGGCUGCGCCGACGGGGACUGCGAAGGCCGACAACGGAGAAAAAGCGGCUGCAGUCCCACGCCCCGCCGCGGCCAAUGGCGCAGCAGGAGCUGAAUCUUCGAAGAAGAAGCGGAAAGAGAAGGAUGAAGCCAAAGGUGAUAAAAAGUCGAAGAAGCGAAAGAAGGAAAGUGCAGCUGCAACGACGCCAGCAGAGGCCCGCAGAGAAUGCAAUGAGCCGGCAGAAUGCUGGAGAAACUCUAGGAUGAACUGA